CGACAGCAGCGGCAGUGGGGGCGGUAGAUACAGGUUGCGGCUGCGUCCAGCGGAUGACGCGUUCUUCCGAGCCAACGUCCUCGACGCCUUCCUGCCCGUCCAAUACCGCCUGGAGGGAGCGGCGGCUGCGGCUGCUGCAUCUGCGGGCCCUGCUACUGCUACCGCUGCAUGGGUGGGAUUUCAGCCGCUACGGCAGCAGGAGCAGCAGCAGCCGGGGGGGCUGGAGCUGCAGCAACAGCGGGAGGAGGAGGAGGGUGGGAAGGGUGAGGGUGGUGAGGAGGAGGCGGAGGACGUUGCCGAGCGCUCCUGCCUGCCCCUGGCGAAUGAAACCUGGUGGCGACUGUACGACAACGCGGCCUUCCUCCGAGACCACCUGACACAGCUGGCGGAGCAAGGAGUUCAAUCUCAAUCUCAACCUCAACCUCAAUCUCAGUCACAGCCACCUCAGCAUCAGCAUCAGCGGGGAGGUGCGGUUGGAGGCAGUGGAACCAGUGGGGUUGGAGCCGGGGUGGGAUUGAACCUGCAGGACUUUGCCUUCCACGUGCUGCGCAACUGCUUCGUGGUGUUGAUGGUGGCGCGGGACGAGAGCGCUUCCUUCCGCAUCUUCUCCACCCUCAACGGGCGGGGCAUGGACCUCAGUGUGGUGGAUAAGCUGAAAGCCGACCUG